AUGAAGUUCACUUUGCUGCUUGCCCUGGGAUCACUGGUGAGUGCUGGGUUCUACGAUAAGUCCCCUGUGAUGGAGCUAGACGCAACCAACUUUGAUUCUGUUGUGCUUACAAAUGACACGUCGAUAGUGGAGUUUUACGCUCCAUGGUGUGGACAUUGCCGUAACUUACAGCCUGAGUAUGUUAAAACCGGUAAGCAUCUCCAGGACAUUGCUGUUGUUGGUGCUGUGGACUGUGAUAAGGCUAAGAAUAAACCUCUCUGUUCCAAGUACAGGGUUGAAGGAUUCCCAACAUUGGUUGUUUUCAGACCACCAAAGGUUAACUUGGACAAGGCAAAUGAUAAGAAGUACAUACAUGCGACGGAGGUGUAUCUUGGACCAAGAAAGGCCAAAGCAAUGGUGGAAUUUGUUACGAACCGGAUGAAGAACUAUACAAAGAGAUUUGCGACGCUGACCAAGCUCUUCGAAUGGGCACAGGUGGACUCAGGAAGAGUCAAGUGCGUUGUUCUCACACAGAAGGAUAGACUAACUCCAUUCCUGAAGAGCUUGGCCGUUGAUUUCCUCGGUGCUGUGGAUUUCAGCUAUCUGCCUCUGAACAAGAACAAGGAGGAGGUGUACGAAGUAUUCGAGAUCGACCCGGACCAUGAAAAGGCCGUCCUUGCAGUUUACCACGAUGGUAAAUGGACAAAGCACACUGGAGAUAUGUCAAAAUCGAGCAUCACCGAGUUCAUCUCGCAAUACGCUGACGUGGAGUCCAUCGUUGAGCACAGAGAAUACAAGAGAGCCAUCUUGAAGGGUGAGAAGCCAAAGAAAAAAGGUGGCAAGAAGCAAAGAAAGCACAAACAAGCCCGUGAUGAGCUAUGA